CACAGGAAAAAGCUCAUCUCCCCUGCCACACUUCCCUGGGACUCUGAGCACUCAGCCUGCCCUGCAGCCACACUGCAGCCCUUCUGCAGGCACAGGGAAAGGGAUCAGGAGGGGCCACACAGGGAGAUGGAGCUGCUGGCCAUGCUGGGCUGUGCCCUGCUGCUCCCCACGGUCCCAGGAGAGGAUUGUCCAGCCCAGUGCAGCUGCUGGUCCCUGGGGGAGCGCUGGGGGAUGGGGGUGGACUGCAGCUCUCGGGGGCUGCACGCCCUGCCCGCCCUGCCUCGCCUGACCCGCAGCCUGCACCUGCACAACAACAGCCUGGCCUCCAUCCCUGCUGGAGCCCUGGACAGCCUGGGCCACCUGCAGGAGCUGCAGCUGUGGGACAACCCCUGGCACUGUGACUGUCACAUCGUGUACCUGAAGCUCUGGCUGCAGGAUUUCUCCGCGCCCGCGCUUGCCCGGCUCAGGUGCGCCAGCCCUGCCCCGCUGAGGAUGAAGCCCCUGGAGCAGCUGACUGGGAAUGAUCUGGGUGUUUGUACCAGGCUUCUCCCAACCAAGAGUCUCCAGUUCUUCUGGCGAGACCUCAUUUUAAUUGCUGGAGCAGUAAUUACCCUCCUUCUAGUGGCGUGGGCUCUGAAGUUCUCCAAAAAGCUGGUCUGCCAGCUCAGCCUCACGAGCCGGCGGCUGAGGAGGAGCAUCCCCAAAACCCACAAGGUGCUGUGAGCUCCUCCCUGCCACCAGCCUGGCAGAAACUCCAAACUCCUCCACAACAAAAGAGCACUGGCAGCACUGGUUUGAAUAGUCAAAAAGCUCAAAGUCUGGGUCCUCAGGAGAGUUUGAUUUAAUUUUCAUCCAAAAAGAAUCUUGGUGAGGUUUGGACAGGCAACUUCCAUCCUGCUGCCAUCUGCUCAUAUGAAGAGCAGUUUCCACAUUUUUAAAAUCAUUUAACUUUCCAUUUUCCCACUGAAUUCUCAGCUCUUAUAGAAAGAAGAUUUACACCCCUACACUUUUUAAUAAAUGGAGAUGAGCACCAAUUGUGUUACUUCAACAACUCCUUUCUCACUCGGGCUCUGUGAGUUUACAACCCAUCAGCAUCCCUCGGUGUCCCCAGGGGCUUGGUUGGACCAUUCCUGUGUGCAGGAAAACUCAGCCCUCUUUUCCUCAGGUUCAGGAGCUUCCUGCCAUCAAAACCACCCAGAUUACACAGACCAGACACUGAAUGCAUCCCUGAUUGAAUACAGUUAAAGAUGGACUGGUAAUGACAAUAUAAUCAGCAAAAUAAUUUUAAAUCUUAUGGAAUUUCCUGGAGGGUGAACAAUAAUAAAGCAUUCUAUGUGGAACUGAAAUAAUGGAUGUUUAUGGAACAUUCCUAUUGACCCAAAUUUGAUCUCUUUCACAAUUCUAAACAUUUCUGAUUCAAUUUCUAAGAUAUUUCCAGAACUUGUCCUGUGGAGAUCAUUUUAGAAUAUUUUCCCUGCACUGAUCUUUUCAAUGUUUUAAAAGACAACCACCAUUCUGUACAAAUGCAGAAUAUUACAGAAGAAAUGGACUCUGCCAUCUCUCAUGGAAUUUCCUACAUGAUGUUUUGUGUUUCCUCAAAAUGAAAUAAAUCAUUCACAGUA